UGGGGCUGCAGUCUUACUGCAACAGGACAGCUUGCGUCUUUCUUGUGCAUCACUGGAAAGCUAGUCAUCGUGGUGAUUAAUACCGAGAAGUGGCAUGCUAGCAUGAAGAGAUGAGUCCUGAACACGUCCUCAGCUGACUGUAUGUGAAUUGGAUUCUGCUGGAUCUGCUGGACCACGGAGAUUGUGGGUGAUGCUGUACAUAUCACUGGAGACGACCUUCUCACAAGCGGCCUCAAGCCAUGUGUGCAUUCACUGAUGUCCAGCUUGUUACUUCGUGAUCUUACUCAGCAAAGUGCCCGAGGCUUGCAGCAGUGACCAAAGUCACAGGGCGCUGACUUCUGGACAUACCAGGCAGGAUGAAAGACCGGUUAACUGAGCUGCGUGAAUUUGCCAGGUUACACAACCAACAGUUUUCUGAUAAUGAGGAUGAUGAAAAUGCGCCCCAUGAUGUUCUCCUCUAUGAGACUGAUUACGCCUUGGAAAUUCUUCAUAAAGACAUACAGAACAUCCGGACAGAAAAUGACCACCUCAAAGAGGAUGUCAAGCGGCUCAGAAAGCAAAACAGCCGCUUCCUUACUUCCAUGCGCCGUCUUAGUAGCAUCAAGCGAGAUACUAAUUGUAUUGCCAGAGACAUCAAGGCCCGCGGAGAAAGCAUCCACAGGAAACUCCAGAUAAUGAGAGAUUUCAGCGAAGAUGCAAUAACAAAAUACGGGGCUAUGUCUGUCAUCGCCAGGGUAGCGAAGAACCACUACGUUGACCUCAUGCAUGCAUUUCAGGAAGCUAUGUUUGAAUACAAUGAAACAGAGAUGAACCAACGGGAAAACUGCAAGAUUCGAAUUCAGCGGCAGCUAGAGAUCAUGGGCAAAGAUGUUUCUGGCAACCAGAUUGAGGAGAUGAUUGAGCAAGGCAAGUGGGAUGUCUUCUCUGAGAACCUCUUGUCGGAUGUUAAGGGAGCUCGCUCAGCCUUGAAUGAGAUAGAGACACGUCAUAAGGAGCUGGUGAAGUUAGAAGGACGCAUUAAGGAAGUUCACGAGCUCUUUCUGCAGGUGGCCCUGCUAGUGGAGGAACAGGCGGACACCUUUGAUGUCAUUGAGAUAAAUAUGCAAAAUGUUGAGGACUAUGUAGGAGAAGCUAAAGAGCAAGUGAAAAAAGCUUUGGAAUACAGAAGAAAACACCCCCUCAGAACAAUCCUUUGCUGCUGUUUAUCCUGUUGCACAAGGUGACUGUCCCACUGAAGCUACCACAGACUGACCCGAAUGUCUUCAAAAUCAGGCAUUCUUUCCAGUGACUAUUUUGUAACGACAACAAAUUGGGGGGGGCUAUUUUGCAGUUGGUUUUGUUCAUUGCCUUUUUCUGAAAUGUGCUGAAGGCUGUUCUAUUUGAGAGCUCCUAGAAGUGUCGAUAAAACUAUUUUUAAUCUAUUUUUAAUUGAAAUUAACAUUUCAAUUAAAAUUGCUGUAACUAGAGGUGCAAGAAGAUCUCUGCAGUGCUACUUGUUUCUGAUAGGCAAGAAAGAGGAAUGAAUGAUGGGCUGAUAACUCAGCCUAGGGAAGAUGAGAAAUUUUGAGAAUAACUUUAUUCUUAUUUAUCAAAGUGAGUCUGCAGGUGGUGCAGCCUUACCGCCUGGGGUGACACAAGACACCACAGAAUCAGGAGGUUUCCAUUUUCACUGGUUUGGAGCCUGCUUGAUGUAAAUACUUGAACAGAUUUUUGCUCUGUUCAUUUGACAAAACACUGGGCCUGUUAGCAGGAGCAGGACACAGGACUAGUUUCUAUUUCAACUUUAUUUCCACCUGUCAUGAAUCUUAACAGAAGUAACAGGACUUUAAAUGAUAAUAUGCAUGUUUUGCUCCGUUUGUGUGCAAGUGAUUGAUUGCUUUUCUCCAUUUUGAGUGCCCUCAACUGCAUCAGGGUGGCUGGAAGCACUGCAACACUGAGGCAUCUCACUUUUAACUUAGGCCACCGUCUGUACUCUCAAUUUCAAAAGUGCCAUGCUUUUAGGCUUCUAAUACAUUUUUCUGCAAUUAACACUUCAGCCAGAAGAGAUGCAUGCAGUGUCCUUCUGCAGAACCACCCAUAAGAAGACAACAGCUGGGGGGGAUGGUCGAGAAAGUAUUUUAGGGUCUCCUGUGCUGGCACAUACAUACAAGCAGUUUUAGUGGAAGUAUUAUCCUGUCGAUAGACUUUUGUUUUUUUAUAAGCAUUGAUUGAAUAUGGAUUUUUUCAUAUCUAUUUUAAAUAACAUGAAGGAUUAAAUUUAUUAACAUGCCAUUUUACCAGUGUACAAAAAGCACGACUCUUCUCCCAUUAUUAGGAAAUCUCCACCUGGGAAAGAAGAUAGGCAUAUUUCUUCAGUACACCUGAAGAAGAAAGAGAACAACAUUUUAAUGUCAUUUCAGUGCUCUUUUCAAGCUUAAAAGUAAUCUCUCCUUUUGUGUAAGGGAAGUCUGUCCGCAGUUCAUUUGGAACAUGAGGAGGGAACAGAAAAUUUGCAGCCCUGGAAACCACUGAGUGUUGCCAGUGAAACUGGUAUUCCUAAAGUUUGGUGAGUGAUUACAGCUCCUGCUUCUGGAGGUUUUCCAACUAUUAAUAUUUCUAGGUGGCUUCCUGAUACACUGUGAUCUAUUGCUAUCAUUUGAAUUAAUGCAGGACAUUUUUUCAGAAGUUAGUGACUUUUUUUUUUUUAAAUGCUAUUGUACCUAUUUUAAUAAAUAUAUGUAAACAUUUCAAAUAUUUUGUAUUUGGGAGUUUUCCUCAGGAGAUGCACGUAGCCAUCUUCCUGCACCAAUCGCAAUGAAACUUUUCCCUUCUGAUCUUUUGCACACUAAUUUUAUAUGUGAAAAAACACCCAACCAUUUCUUACUAUUUCUACUGAUAUAAGAAAACUGCAAAAUAAAUUCAACUUAAUUUCAUAGCCUGGUGGGAAAUGCUUCUUAGCCAGACAGGCCUUUUUACACAAAUAGAAGUGAAAUGGAUAACUCUUCUUGGAAACUGAAAGUCUCUUUCGCUGAAGCACCUGUCUGUGAUAACACGGAAGAGUGAGGAAUGCUGAUCUUCUAAACUAGAAGGUAUUUUGAUAUUCGGUGAUGUCCUGAUGAUAUCAGUAUUAUGCUUGCCUGAGGACCUCUCCAACAACCCAGUGUUCAAACGUCAAGUGGGAGAAAGGAGGGUGCGGAGCUGGCACCGUGACUGCUGCUUUGGUGCUGCUCAGGAGGACACAGGUGUUUACUCCAUAGGCACUGCCGUUCCAGUCAACGGGACUGUGCAUUUGUAGAGAAACACCUUAAACCUCUGAGGGUCAGCAUGUGGGCAUAAAGCAGUGAAGAAUAAAAUAUGUAUUUCGUUUCCUCUACAUGUUGUUAGCACUCACCAAUGCUUUUGAUAAAAAUGUAUA